GGACACUUACUGCCGCGGGCAGGGAUUUGGGGGCGGGAAAGCAGAGCGGCGCACCGCCAUCUCCGUGCGGGGCGGCCUCCGCCCACGUGGUGCGGUUCCGCGGCCAUCUUUGUGCGGGGCCGCGCUUCCGCCGGCAGCGGGGCCUCCGCAGCGGGGCCGCGGGCGAUGGAGCGGUGGGCGUGCUCGCAGCUGCGGCUGUGGCUGCUGCUGCUGUUCGUCCUGCCGCCAGUACCGGGACGCCAGAAGGAGUCAGGUUCAAAAUGGAAAGUAUUUAUUGACCAAAUUAAUAGGUCUCUGGAGAAUUAUGAACCAUGUUUAAGUCAAAACUGCAGCUGCUACCAUGGUGUCAUAGAAGAGGAUCUGACUCCUUUCCGGGGAGGUAUCUCCAGGAAGAUGAUGGCGGAGGUAGUCAGACGGAAACUAGGGACCCACUAUCAGAUCAUUAAUAAUAGAUUAUACCGAGAAAAUGACUGCAUGUUUCCCUCAAGGUGUAGUGGUGUUGAACACUUUAUUUUGGAAGUUAUCGGGCACCUCCCUGACAUGGAGAUGGUAAUCAAUGUACGAGAUUAUCCUCAGGUUCCUAAAUGGAUGGAGCCUGCCAUUCCGGUGUUCUCCUUCAGUAAAACAUCAGAGUACCAUGAUAUCAUGUAUCCUGCUUGGACAUUCUGGGAAGGUGGACCUGCUGUUUGGCCAAUUUAUCCUACGGGUCUUGGACGGUGGGACCUCUUAAGAGAAGAUCUGGUAAGGGCAGCAGCACAGUGGCCAUGGAAAAAGAAAAAUUCCACAGCAUAUUUCCGGGGAUCAAGGACAAGUCCGGAACGAGAUCCUCUCAUUCUUCUAUCUCGGAAAAACCCCAAACUUGUUGAUGCAGAAUACACCAAAAACCAGGCCUGGAAAUCUAUGAAAGAUACCUUGGGAAAGCCAGCCGCUAAGGAUGUCCACCUCGUGGAUCACUGCAAAUACAAGUACCUGUUUAAUUUUCGAGGUGUAGCUGCAAGUUUCCGGUUCAAACAUCUCUUCCUGUGUGGUUCGCUUGUUUUCCAUGUUGGUGACGAGUGGCUGGAAUUCUUCUAUUCACAGCUGAAGCCAUGGGUUCACUAUAUCCCAGUCAAAACAGAUCUCUCCAAUGUCCAGGAGCUGUUGCAAUUUGUAAAAGCAAAUGAUGAUGUAGCUCAAGAAAUUGCUGAAAGGGGAAGCCAGUUUAUUAUGAACCACUUGCAGAUGGAUGACAUCACUUGUUACUGGGAGAACCUGUUGACAGAAUACUCAAAAUUCCUGUCCUAUAAUGUAACAAGGAGGAAAGACUAUGAUCAGAUUAUUCCUAAAAUUUUGAAAACUGAACUCUAAUAGUUAUCAUUGGACCAUAAUCCUCUCUGUGGCAGCAUAUCUGAUACCCUGUGGUGAGAAGCUUACUGUGAAUGGUGCACCUACACUUUCAAUACAGUUAUCAAGCCAAAUACCUGGUUUUCCUUAUCAUGCUGCAUCCAGAUCAACUCUUGAGAAAGAUCCUCAAUGUGUAUAAUACAGAUAUGGAGCAGCUCAACGCUUUGGCUGAAUAAGGACCAGAAAUCAUGAUAUAUGGGUUUUGAAUCCAACUCUACUCCUCAUUUUCUUAGGACCAAUCACAGCUUAUGCCUCAGAUCAUCCACAUGUGUCCAUCACUGUGACACUGACUGUGUCGAUGGGAUGAUGCCCUUUGUCCCAUUAUUUGGAGCAGAAAAUGAGUCAUUUGGAACUAACGGAACUAAAACAAUUUAUCACCGCAGUUCUGCAGUUAUUCUGGGCUUGAGCUGUUGUAUGUUUUCACAUGGGAGUUGUAAAAAAUACCUGGAGAUCAUCUUCUGGAAGGUCUAAAGACUCAAAAGUUGUGCCAUGCAAUGAUGUAGGAGUUCUCUUUUGUAAAGUAUAAACUCCUUGGUACUCAGGAGGUUUCUGUAAGGCCACACAGAAAGGGGCCUAUUCCAUGAAUAAUUACUGCAAUUGAAUUUCAUGUUCCCUUUUUGUGCCUUCACACCCUUCUUUUUAUGGUCUAUAAAAUAAAAAAUACCAAAUCUCUUAA